AUGGCGGCAAGCGAAGACCUUCUUCUUCUCCUCGACAAGGAAAUACCUGAAGGAAGGAAAAGCCUUCAGGAAAAUUACGUCAACCUUGACAAUGUGGCCAAAUACUGCGAGGCCAACUAUUUCAAGGCCAGUGUGGCACAAAAAUCACAAGCCCUGGAGGAGACAAAAAACUACACUACCCACUCACUUGCCAGUGUGGCUUAUCAGAUCAACAGUUUGGCUACAAACUUCAUGAAAAUGUUGGACCUGCAGCUUGGCCAGUUGGCAGAUAUGGAAUCCAGUGUUAAUCAUCUAAAUCAGAUGGUCAUGAUUCACAAAGAGAAAGUAGCUCGAAGAGAGAUUGGUGUUCUGACAGUAUCUAAGAUCUUCCCCAAGCAUCUGAGCAUGAAAAAUGGCAUCAUCUACCCAGAGCAGACGGAGCGGCCUUCAAAAUAUGUCCGCACGGCCAUAGACUACACAGUGUUGGAUAGUGUUGGGCAUGGACUGCGACCUCAGGGAGGGAUCUCCCAAAUUGCCCGAAGUCCAUCGGUUUCCAGUACCAGCAGCAGCCAGAGAAACAGUCAAGCCCCCACAACCAAGCCCCCGGCAACACCUAUCGGUCAGAUGGGGUCAGCAAGUGGCGCAGGUAAUAGAGCUAGCGGUGGUAAUUACCGGACACCGGCACCUUCAGCAGCACCACCUGCCCCUCCAGCAGCAGCAGUAUCUGCAGCCCUGGAACCUUCACCUUCGGCUCUGCCUCCACCAGUUGACAGCGAAUUCCCUCCACUAUUUAUGGAUCCAGUGUCUCCUCCACUUCCUCCACCACCAAUGGACGAUGACCAGAUGGGCCAGUUCGACUUCAGUGACUCAUUGGCUGACCUAAACAGCAACAUCAAAGGACGUUACGGUGUGGGAGAUGGAUCCAUGCCGCCAGGCACCUAUGCCACCUCAACUCGAAGCCAUGAAGAUCCGUACGCAGCCACAGGUUCCCAACUUAUGGCACAGGCUUCUUUGGUUCCUGCACAGUAUCUUGAGAAGGUGGUGGCCAUCUACGAUUAUCAAGCAGUCAAACCAGACGAGCUGUCCUUUGCUGAGAAUGCUGUGAUCUACGUGAUAAAUAAGAAUGAUGAUGGUUGGUGGGAGGGAGUGAUGGAGGGACACACAGGACUGUUUCCUUAUAACUAUGUUGAGCCCUGUAUGUAG